GACAGCUCGAACUGUCAGCGGUAUGCAUACCGCCGCGUUUCUGCUGCAAAUAAGCACUUUAUAACUGAUCGAAACGAGGGCUAAACCUUAUCAUUGAGCCUUCCGCUGUUUUAAAAGUCGAAACGGUUCACGAAAGAAGGAUUAACGGUGUAAAACGUGAGACAGUGCGUGAAACGGUGGGUGAGCACGCAAAAGAGAACGGCUUGCCGGCUCGGCUAGUCUACUGGAAGAUUCCAUUGUGAGUGGGCUUUCAAAAAGUUUUAUCUCUGAAAAUCCAGUGUUUUCGUGCAUUCCGUCGUUCGCCCGUAGAUGAAACUCGAAUGACAGACGUCCAAUGGAUUAGUGUCACUACGUCGGUGAACAGAGGUGGAAUCGAGGACAGUCCAUUCCAAUUGGAAUUUCGAAGACGUUUCAACGGCUAGAGAUCGUUUGCAACGAUGUAAAGAACAAUGUAACAUCGUUGCCGUUCAGCUAACCGCGACACACGUGUGGAACGAGAAAAACGAGGGAGAAAAAAGAUUGGGAACGAAUUGGGAAGUUUUGGUUUCUCAAAAAACAAGGCGCCCGAUCGAUCGUUUCCUUUCGAAGCUUUAUUACACAGUCUUUAUCGUGAAAGCUCGUAACAAGAGGAUAAUAUCGAGAGUGAACAAGGACACGGCGGUGAUCUGAGGGAAGCUAGACGGGUUCACGCUUGUAUCAUAAGCAGAUUAGAUUAGAUUAAAUUAAAUAUCGAACGCUUUUGAUUUGUCGUCGGGAUCAAGGCGAACGUACUUUUACCUAUAUCGUGCAUACGUGGUAUAGCCUGAGAUACGUGCGUCGACAGCCGCGUAUAAAGCGAGAGAAUUCGAGUAGACAGAGGGAAGUACAUAUAUAUACAAAUAUAUAUACACAUAUAGGAGUAGAAUCGACGAAAGAAAGUAAGACGAGAUGUACAGAGAUCCGAACAGUUCUUCGGGAAGCGGCACCUCCACAAAGGACGACGAGGUCGAGAUCGUUAGCAGAUUUUUAGCGCCUUUGUGUGCGAGAGAUGAAACUGCCAGAAACAUCGCCCUGGCGGCGGCUAGGAACACGGUCGAGGGAUGGCUUGGAGGGGUUGGUAGUCCAAAUCACUGGGACGACACCGGUGAGAUGGAGGAUCCGGAGAACGUAGGGGGAAAGUUCAAGAGCCAAGAUGGAAGAUACGACAUGAACAUCGAGCGCUCCCCGACCAAAUCGGCUCCGCAGAAUGUCCAGCCCUCUCUGCAGCAGCCGUUGCUUCAAGAUUCCUUCAGGACGGAGGGUUUCUUCCCUCAGAGCGUCACGGAGAAUCCCGCUUUCCUGGAGGACAACAGCCUCGAAUGCUCCGAGAGAUAUCCAUCGGGCUCGUUCGAUUGCGUCGACGGCCGACUUGGGAACGAAACGGGCUACGGUACGCCGAACGAGAGGAGAAGAUACGGGUGUGACGUGGAGAGUUACAGGUCCGGGCAUUCGACCUCGUCCGACGAGGGGAAGGGUUUCAAGAUCGAGCCUCACGACAGAUUUCUAAGGUUUAAGGAUAAUUCAGAGACCCGAUUCGGAUCGAGCAGCGAGAGCGAGAGAAAAUACCUUGGCUCGUCGUCGAACGAGAGGUUGAACGAAGUAAGUCUAGAGGAUAGACCAAGAACGAAGAACUACGUGAAGGUGAAAGGCGCGAAACAAAAGCAAUUGGAGGAUGACGAGUUGGAUGCCGACAUCAGGAUUUACGGGAAGAGCCCGAAAUUCGACGAGAACUUGGGCGCGAAUUUCGACCGCAGGAAUUUGAACUUCCGCCCGAAGGGUGACAUUCUGCCGCGCGAUCGUCGCUGUUAUGACAGCGUGGACGACGUCUCUUUCGACGAGACGGAGAUGACGAUCAGGAACCGCGACGGAGUAGUUUUCAAUACUCUGGAUGGGUUCGAGAACGAGAACGCCAAUGAAAUUUAUCACAGACAAGACGAUAAUCGUACGGAGGAUACGAAACUGAAGAAUUUCGAAAUUUACCAAGACGAACCUUUGGACGAUUGCCGACAUCGAUGCACGCAUGCCGAAUUACCGCAGGAGUACUUGCGUAAGAACGAAGAACGGAAAUUUAGCGCGGGUCAAAUCAAAAGACCGCUCUCGCAGGACGAAGAUGUCUCUUCGAAGAGCGGCAGGGUGCUGGAGAGUCCCGACGUCACUCCUGGGGACGUUGGCAGGAUGCUUAAUCUGGGAAAUGCUCUGGAUGGUCCGAGGCAAGCUCAGGCGAAUAAGUACUUGAGCCUGGUGACGCUACAUCUACCGGUAAUAUUGAGGCUCAGCGUGAACUGCCCCUUCCAGAACGUUAGGAUCAAAUGCGCCGAGAUCCUGGAGAUGGUUAAGGAUAGAGGACUUCCAGUUCCGGUGCCGGCUUUCGAUGGACCUAGUGCCUUCGUCCCUACGUCCGAGUUACCGGAUCUGAACAACCUCGAUGAAAAGACUCAUAUUCUGUUGAUGGAUGCAUUCCUCCAGAACAACAGGCUGGAUCAUGUCUCCAGGGUGAUGGCCUCGCAUCCUUCGUACUUGGAACAUUUCCUACGUACUCAACAUUUCAUUUUAAGGGGUGACGGACCGCUUCCUUACGACUACAGGCAUCUCAUCGCCAUUAUGGCUGCUGGAAGGCAUCAGUGCAGCUAUCUCAUAAAUCUGCAGAAAGGAGAAUUCAUCCUUCAAGGCGGUGACCCAUCGUGGCUCCGAGGUCUGAAGUCAAUCCCAGGAAAAUUACAAGAUCUCUAUGAGAUUAACAAGAUUUUAGCUCAUAGGCCGUGGUUGUUGAACAAAACGCACAUAGAGAAACUGACCAAAGGUGCGGACAGUUGGUCCCUGGCCGAGGUGGUUCACGCGAUAGUUCUUCUGGCCCACUUUCACUCCCUUUCGUCUUUCGUAUUUUCCUGCGGGAUUAACGAAGAGCUGGACAACGUAGCCGGUCACCAUUACAAAGAGAAUGUCCAGGAUAAUAGCAAUAAUGUACCAACUGCCAAAGAUAAGCUUUCCAGUAGUCCGAAGAAGAUUCCGAAUGGCGAUGGCAAGACUGAGAACAUGCCGUCGCCGCCAUCCUCGCCGAGCAUAGUGGGUGAACAGGAAGUCGGCGUCGAAGCACUGAUGGAACGUAUGAAACGUCUUUCUGAGAAAUCCAAAUCCUACCAGAUCACGCAAGAGGAGCUGUCCAAAAGAUUCGAGACUGUAGAAACGCAGUCUGCCGAAUUGGCUGCAGCGCCUCAGAGGAGUAGUUCGGUUCUCGACUCUGACAUCGGUCAUUUCAUCGAAGAUCCUACGUUCAUUUAUCAAGACUUCGCCAAGCGUGGUCAACUGAACGAUAGACCAACGUUUCGCGUGCAAGACUACUCCUGGGACGAUCACGGUUACUCGCUGGUGAACCGUCUAUACAAUGACGUCGGUAAUCUGCUGGACGAAAAGUUCAAGACAACUUAUAAUCUCACUUACUUUACCAUGGGCACGCACAGCAGUGUGGACACGUCCCGUUUCCGACGAGCGAUCUGGAAUUAUAUUCAAUGUAUGUUUGGCAUCAGGCAUGACGAUUACGAUUACAACGAAGUAAACCAGCUGCUCGAGCGUAGUCUGAAGACGUUUAUCAAGAACGCCGUUUGUUACCCGGAACUCGUGACGAAAAGGGACUACGAUCGCGUGAUGAGGGAGUUCAAGCACAGCGAGAAGGUUCACGUAAACCUGAUGAUUCUGGAGGCACGAAUGCAAGCGGAGCUGUUGUACGCACUCCGCGCGGUGAUGCAAUAUAUGACCUAAGCGAGGCAUCGUCGCUGCUCCUUCGUCUACUUGCUGUCUGUCAGUUUGUCGUCGGUUUAUUUUAUCGUCUUUGCGAGGCGUCUUUGCGGACUCUGCACACGGCACAGUAAGGAACGAGCAAACGCGACACUGUUUCUCACGCAGUAUAUAACAAUGUACCUUCACACAGUGACAAAACACAUUCAUUUACACACAGCUAUAUUAUUCAUCCAUACGUACACAUAGCAGAGAACAGAGAGGAGUUCACGUUAUAAUAAACUCACCGUACACACGCAGACGUACAGAAUUGAAAACAGAAACAUAAUGAAACACGCGUGUGAGCAAAGAAGAAAAAGCGGAACCCCGAAAUUCGAGUGUCCAUUGUGAGACGGCGUUGCCAGGGUGUCCGUCGUUUGCUCGUCGCUCGUAACCUUAAACGACAAAGAUUUCUUCGAUGAGUCAAUGCUGAACCGAAGGAGAGAAUCGACCUGAAAGAAAAGCUCCGCGAAGCGCAUGGAAGAAGAAAUGAAAAUUUCGAUGUAGUUGCGUCGAUAUCGAUGCUGACAAACGUUGAUCGGUCACGGCGAUAGAAGAUAGCCGAGUCGGCAAGUUAGAAGAUAUCGAUGGUUUCGUCUCUGAAUCGGAGGCGUAUCAUCCAAAGCGAUCGUUCUGUGUUUGACGCGCUACCGUUUCCGCUCUGUAAACCGGAAACGCUGGUGCGUUCUUAUUUUCUGCUCGGUUUAGUUUUUGGAUUUUAGAUACCCCGAUGGGGGUUCAGGAGAAGAGGAUACACGCGAGAGAGAAAGAGAGAUUUUAUGAUUCGUUUUGUAAAUAGACACUCGUAUUUUUCUAUGUUUGCCAAGAUAUCGUGUAGUAGACUGUUAUUUGCGCGUUUCGUUAUAAGCAUUUCAGAUCUGUUGAAGCUUUUGCCCCUUCCCCGAUCGCCGCGUUUAUCCUUUCGGUAAAAUUUCCGUACACAUUUUUAAAUUGUACUCUUUCCCGCUUUUAGUUUUAUACAAUACCCAGCUGUAGGUACGACAGAUUAUUAUAGCGAUUAUUGUAGUACGCUCGCGGUUCUUUCUUUCUUUAUCCGCCUUUCCGUUUUCUUUUUUGCAUGUUUUAUUACUAACGAUAGCGUUUAGGAAACGAAACAAAAAGAAGUUUGAAAAGAGGGGAAGGAGAGGAGCAUCGCGCGUCCGUUUUUUCCAAAUUAAUCAACUAAUCGCGGCUCUUUAUAUAUAUAUAUAUAUCGAGAAGAUUUGCUAAUACGGCACUGCAGUUAAUUGUAAGAAUAAAUUAAGAAGUCUAUUAGAACACACUGUUUCCAAUUCGAAUUGACCAAUUUGAGAUGGUCCCGUUUUUGCGUCUCCACGUCGAGACACUCGCCCCUCCGUCGCCUUUGUAUCGAUUCGUCAAUUCGAUGAUCGAAUAGACGAACAAAGACGACGAUGGAACGCGACGAACAGGAGAAACAAGUGAAAUAGACAUGGAAAGAAAUGAAACAAUUUGUCUUUCGCGCUAUGACCGCGAUUCGCGUUGUACAUAUUAUAUACGUUUUAACCUCGUUUAUUUCACUGACUAUCGUAUAACGAGAAAGCUAUUAAUAUAAAAAUGACAAAAAAGUGUACCUUCGUUUUCGUCGUAUCCGUGUGUGUCGAGAACACAGGUGAUAAAUGAAGUCUUUAGAUCGUAGGACGAUCUGCGCGUAGGCACAUGCGCGGCUUCGACGCGCGGUCUUUUUCAAAAUCGUCGCUCGGGUAGCCAUGAGCGCGCGCGCAGAGACAAGCAAUGCCUAUCGGCUGUGUUUAUUUACGAUGGUUUAUGGCGCUACUGUCACCAACCAGAAAUAUACGGCAAUGUAUUACUAUCUCGAGCAAAAAUCGAACGAAGAAGAAGGAGAAAAGGAGCGAAGAAAAUCGGGGGCAAAGAGCCGUGCGCGCCGCACCAAAUAUUCGAUAAAUUUUUCGUCCUUGUUGUUCGAAGACCAGGCGUCUUCGAACAAACUUAAAACGGCUAUUGUAUUGGAAGCUGUGCGAAACUUUUUGGCAUUAAUGCGGUGCAGCGUACGCGAACCGCUCCGAUUUUUUUCAUGGCGAAAGUGAAAGAGAAAAUCGGCAAGGACCAAGCGAAGGGGCGAACGAUCGCGAGACAAAAAGAGAGAACGAAGACUCGAAACGGUUGACCGCAUAUGCGCGUGCGUUUUAUCAACGAAUUUUCAUGCCUUUCGCGUAACGUCGUUUUACUAUAUCGACGUAGGAAACAAAGAGAAGACGAGAAAUAAUUUAAAAGGAACGUGCGAAUAAUAAGUUCGCCCCUUCUGACCAUCGAACGGUUGGCAACAGUAGAACGCACGCGCGGCGUUAGUGUGCGAGCAGGACAGAGAGAGGCUGUUUAAACAAAUCAAAUCCAAUAUUAAGUCGUUAAGGUACACGGGAGAGAGAAAGUGCGGCACAAAAAGAAAAGGAGAUAAAAAGAAAAAAAUAAGCAAACUCUAUACACGCGAAUUACACGUGUCUGUGAUCGCAUAUUAUAUAUAUAUAUAUAUAUAUAUAUAUAUAUAUAUAUAUAUAUAUAUAUAUAUAUAAUAGAUAUAUAACACAUAUACGCAUUAUCGAGAUGAAAAACAAACAAAAAAAGGACCGAUAUAUUAUAUAUAUAUAUAUAUGAAUAUUAUAUAUAUUAUAUAUUUGUAUGUACGCAUACGGGUACAUACGAAAAGCGUCUAUACGUUUUACGACAAAGAGGAAAGAGGAGCGCGGGCGGGCGGGCGGUGUAUUAUCGAUAUUGCACGAGAGUCGAGAGAAAGCAAAACGACUAAAAGAUAAGAAAAAUCCAUCGGAGAUGUAAGUGUAGCGUUUGUAAUUAACGGUGUCUCUUUAUUAUGUAAUUGUGUAUAUGCGCGCUCUGGAAUUAUCGUAUAUUCGUGUAUAUGAUUCCGAGUAAUUGCGUUUUCAUGGAGAGCGCCGUCUGUUCUCACGAUCGUGAAUCGAGUUCGGGGGGUAACGCGAAACUGAUUCGACGUAUCUGUCCAAUCGUAGAUUUACUCUCCUAUGACCUUUCCCUGUUUUUUCUUUCUUUUUUUUUUUUUUUUUUUAACCUUGUAGACUCUUUCCCUGGAUCGAUUCACGAGCGAGAGAGAUAGAGGAGCAGAGGAUAAGCGAAUAUACGGCGCAUGACCCGGCGAAUUAAGAAAUUAAUUAUUACGAUUGAAGCAGCGAACAAACACACACAUCUUAGAAUUUUCGACCAACAGCGACGCGUUCACAUGGGGUGGACGACGUCCUCACAUAUCACAUGAAGAGUUUAUUCAGGACGAGUCUCGUGAGCGUCGAUCGCUCUCGCGCGAUCUUAGCCGUAGACAGGAUUUAGAGCGGCGCCGUCGAGCGUUUCCUUCGUUCGUCUUUCGCUUUACACGUUCUCCAGAGUUUUCUGAAAAUUUCUGAUCAAAAUUCUCAUCCUCCGAAGGAGAAUCUUAACGUUCCACCGACACGCACUAUCGAGCCAAGCAUCGAUAUCGGGCAUCCUGAUGCAUCGGAAGACUAGAAUUUUCACCAGAAAUUUUCAAAUAAUUAAUUAUUCAGGUCCCAAGAGUAAAAGAAAAAACAAGAUCCUUCGAUCAGCCAUGUCGUAACAGCUGAGCAACCGAAAACACGAGGGAAGUGACGAGUUACUCGAUCACAGUAUUCCGUAGUUUUUUUUUAACGAUUUAUUUUUCUCAAUAACUCUCUUUCUUCUUUUCCAUCUUCUUCUUUGUCUUCGCGCGUCUCGAUUUUUUCGUAUUUCUCUUCUCCAUUCGUAUGAUUCUCCUCUUCUUGCACCUGAUGACGGAACACGCGCAUACACAAACACACACCCAUCCACACCCACACACAUACACACACGCGCUGGCGCGCGCGAAAUACAGUCGUUUACCUGUGCACGAUCAGAGAACGCAGAAGAAAGUUAACCGUUUACAGGGCCACCAUUUUUGACGCGAUCGUUCUCGACGUUUUUCUCUUGUUCUCGGUUCCGCGCGUUCCAGGAACGGGAAACCUUUGAUGUAUUUUUUCGUAAACCGGUUCGAAGAUCGCGUUUGUAUUUAAGGACGUCCGUUUGUCAGUCCUAAACGAUAUUUAAUAACGUAGAUUGUAUAAAAGGAAUUAUUUAACGCGUAUAUUAUAUGUAUAUGUAUUUAAUGUUUUCGAUACGGCGCGUCGGCACACGGCGUGUAAACGGUUAAAAAGGAAAAAAACAAGGAAUGAAAUAAAUGAAAAAGGAGCAGAUCUCUCCGACCAAAGAAAACUUUUAAUAUCGAGGCUUUUCGAGGCAACUUUAAAACCGUCAUUCGAUCAUCAACCAUUUUUAUACGCCAGUUCUCAUCGUUACACGAAAUCGUUCCUGAUCGAGAUCGAUCGCGAAAGGGUACUUUAUUCUCCAUCGUUCGAACAGAGUGAUCGAUAGCUAAUGAAAAAAGUAAAGAAAGAAGUUCGUCUUCGAGCUACACACUCACUAUCUCUUCCAUCUGUCUCUUGCUUUCUUCUUCCGUUUCCACUUUUCUUCCUCUACCUUUCUCUUUUUCUGUUUCUUUGUGUCGUCCAAUGACUAGUUCGUACGAACAACAUCCGUAAAUUAGAAGAAAUUCGUGGAUCGCGAACGAGCGAGAGAACUCGACAGAAAUCGCCUCGAGGAUGGGAAAAGAACGGAUGAAGUUGCGGUGUUCGCGGCGCGAUUUAACGCCCGGACUGAUCUCAUAAAAUAAAUAAGCAUUCUAAUAGUUGGGUGAGAGAAAAAGUGUAAGGAAGAAUGAGCUUCGUAAUUGCUAGAUUUAGAGAAAAAGAGGAAACGAUCGUUUAUUAACGGAAAUAGAAGGGGAAGAAGGUUGAGCGAGGAGACAACGAUCUUCAUUGAUAAUUUUCUUUCCUCUCCGCCUAGAUUUCCUGACGUGAUCGAGUUUUGCGAAACAGCCAACGCGUGUUUUUACCUUUUUGUCUUCACUUUUCCUUUCUGUAUCGGUGGAAGAGCCGCGUUUGCCAUACAAAUCGUAAAACACAGUUUCAGCUUUUCCGUUUUAUGUGUUUAUUUUAAAAUAAACGAUGGAUAUCAUCCCGUCAGGAUAUCGGGUGAAGUUGGACCCCCAAGAUAAAAAUUGCGUAAGCCAGAGAAAAAAUAUAUAAGAGCAUGUGGAGGUGGACGAGAGAAAAAAAGACCCAGAGA